UCUAUUCCAUCUUCAAACAAGCAUGAUACAUAGAAAGCCGAAGAGUAUUAAAUCCUCCUCCUCCUCCUUCUCUUCUUCUUCUUCAUUGUCCUUGGUCAACGAUGGCUGAGGCCGCCCCCUUCCUUCUCCGGCUCAACAAUGGCGUCUCCUCUAUGAUCUGUGUGUUGCUGCUGCUGCCGGCCUUUCUCCGCACAGCUACUUCCUCAUCAUCCUGUCGCUCCUACUGCGGCAACAUGACGGUGGACUACCCAUUCGCGCUGCGGCCGGGGUGCGGCCACGGGGGCUUCAGGGAGCUCCUCUACUGCAUCAACGGCGUGCUGAUGUUGCACAUCGCCUCCGGCUCCUACCGGGUCCUCGACAUCGACUACGCCUACGCCGGCCUCACCCUCCACGACCCCGCCAUGUCCGACUGCUACUCCCUCGCGCGCUCCCCGGACGGCCUGGGAAACGGCUUCGAGGUGGAGGCGUGGCGGGCGGCCUACCUCCGCCCCGACCCCGACAACGUCUUCAUGCUCAUCGGCUGCCGCCCGGACUCGCCGCUCUUCCAGGGCUUCCCCGCGCCGACACGCGGGGGCCGCCGCCACUUGCCCUGCCGCAACGUCUCCGGAAUGGGGUGCGAGGAGUACUACCGGUGCCCGGCGUGGGACGGCGAAGGGCAGCCGAGGGCAGGGGAGGCGGCCUACGGGUCGCCGCAGUGUUGCGCGCUGGAGUUCGGCGCCAUCAGGGCCAUCAACGUGAGCAAGCUGAGGUGUGAAGGCUACAGCAGCGCGUACAGCUUGGCGCCGGUGCGGGCCGCCGGGCCGGGGGCAUGGGCCUACGGCAUUCGGGUGGCCUACUCGCUGCCGGCGGAUCAGGAGGGCUUCUGCGGAGCAUGCCAGGCCACCGGCGGCGUGUGCGGGUAUGACCAGGAGACCAACGCCGAUCUCUGCCUUUGCGGCCGUUUCAACUCCACUUCCAACUGCGACUCCACCGCCGGCGGCGCCGACGUCUCCGCUGCUGAAAUUUCAUCAGGAUUAAGCUUGAUGGGCUUCUCUUCAUCGACCAUCUUAAUCCGAGAUCAAUCAUACGCGUUUCUGUUUAUUUUACUAUGUAUUUCCGUUUAAUAUUUAUUUUUUUUCACACUAUUUGUAUUUG